UGAAGACUCGUUAAAAGUGAAUGUUUCGUAUUCAUUUAUUUUUAUAUUUUUAAACGAUAAUGGCUACAAUAGAGCAGAUUACAGAACAAAAAGGUCAAAGAGGUAGAAUGAUAAUUAGUCAAUGCAGAAUUUGUUAUCGCCAGGCAUGGAAUGAUUAUUAUGGAUGUGAGGCGUGCAAACGUUGUCUUCAGUUUGUCUUCAUAACAAUCAUCUACAGACGUUGCUACAGAUGCCGUAUGACUAGUAACUGCAAGUCGGUUUAUAAAUGUAAAUUUUGUACUUUACAGACAUGUUAUAAGAAUGGUUUAAAACCGAUGAAGUUUGGAAUGCAUUCUCGAGGAUAUUAUUUAAAGGAUAAAGAAAUUCUGCUACAUAAAGUUCAAACUAGAGAACCGAAUGAAUUUAACUUACUGAAAAAUAUCAUCCUAAGAUUUAAACUUUUUCUCCUCAGAAGACUGAAUGAUGAUUUUGUAUGGAUAAUAGAAAAUAUUCCGAUAACAGCAUCAAACAGAAUGGUACACUUAUAUCAGAUGAAAGCUAUAAUCUUGCAUAUGGUACAAGAAUCACUUGGUGCUCACGAUGUUCUAAAACUGGAAAAUUAUUAUCUCGAUCCGUACAAAUGUGAAAUCGCACAAUUGCAAUACUUGACAAUAAAGAUUUUGAAACUAAUGCGAAUGAUGAGAGAGAGAUUUACCAUUGGAAUAAUUGAUUUAAAUACGAAGAUUCAUUUAAUAUAUUUUGAAGGGCCAAGAAAGUAUCGCGUUGUACAUGACGAAAAGCUUCAUCAGCAAUUAACAGAGAUUGCUUUUUGGAUGAAAGUCUGCUUCAGAUAUUUAGAAGACUUUUCUUAAAUGCCGAUUGUUAUAAACAAGUGUAACUUUUAAAAGACAUUUUUAAUGAAUUUUAUUACUUUGUUUUAUUAUAAUUGAUUUAGGUAUUUCCUGACAUUUGGUACAUGUUUCGAUAUAAUUCAACAACAAUUACCAACAAUCGUCUGAUUUUAUUGAA